UCUGAAUGAGCACUUAUGACGAGAUCAUAAUAUGUGAAACCUAGAUUUAGUGUGCCCAAGUACAAGUCCAUGAAGCAGAAUGAAGGUGCUAAAAGCACUAGUGUUUUCAUGUUUUUUGGUAAUAGUUCGCAGUCAAGCAGAGGAAACCCUGCUUUUAGUACAUACUAUAUUUCGCCAUGGUGAUCGAAAUCCAGAUACUUUGAAUCUUUACCCAAACAGCCCUUACUACAAUGAAAGCUAUUAUGCGCCGUAUGGAUAUGGACAACUUACCAAUGCUGGAAAACUGAAAGCAUACAGAAUUGGUAUGACGUUACGAGAACGAUAUAAUGGAUUCUUGGAUGAAACCUACAAUAUUGAUCUGAUAGAACCCAGAAGCAGUGACUUUAAUAGGACUAAGGCAUCCCUUCAAGCCAUGUUGGCUGGUUUAUUUCCUCCUACCAAAGAUUUGGUCUGGUUGGAGGGACUCAAUUGGCAACCAAUAUCGUUCAACUACUUGGAAAGAAAGUAUGAUAAGGAAUUAUUUUGUUAUGGUUGCCCCAACUGGGACAAAACAGCCAACGAAUAUCUGCAUUCUGAGAAAGGUCGUGCACUGACUGAAAAGUACCAGGAUACUUUCAAGUAUAUCUCUGACAAAACUGGAGAAAAUAUUACCGAUUUGUUACAAGUAUAUUAUAUGUAUUUUGGAUUUCUAAUUCAAGAGGAACUGAAUUUUACUUUGCCAGAUUGGACGGGAAAGGUAUAUCCCUACCCGAUGAAAAACAUUACUACAGGAUACUACGAUAUUAUGUUUACUGGGAAAUUACAAAAAAUGUCAGAAUACUUGUUGAAAAAGAUACUCAUCGACACGAGCAACAAAAUCGAAGGAAAACUCCCGAAAAAGAAAAUGUUUAUUUAUAGUGGGCAUGAGAAUAAUAUAGCCUCUAUAUUAAAAGUUGUAGAGUGGGGCACUGAGGAGAUUCCGCCAUAUGGCAGCUACAUUCUAAUGGAAUUACACAAAAUUAACGGCACCUAUGGGAUUAAGUUGCUUUAUCAAGAUUAUUCAACUGAUGAUCCUGUACUAAUGAAAUUGCCGUCAUGCGAAGAAUUUUGUCAAUUCGAAAGAUUUGUUUCUCUAACCAGUAAAUUCAUUCCGGAGGAUGAUAGUAUUUGUGGAACUGCAUCAACUGGCGUCAGACCGGCAACACAUUCUCAUAUUCUAUUAUUCCUCAUAUUUAUUAAGAUGUUUUAUGUAUUUUUAUUUAAAAAAUAAUUUUUGUUUAAAUGAGAGCAAAUAAAAAAUGAUAACAUUUAUAGAUAAAUACUUAUUUUUUUUCUAAAUUGCAUAUUUUUGUACAUAUGUGUAAAAAUAAAGUGUAAAAUUAGUAUAGAUAAAGUGUAAAAUUAGUAUAGAUAUUCCUGUUUUUUACUGUUCAGGAACAUAGGAUAUUGUCUUGCAAUAAACGCUUCAAUAACUGUUUGCA